CCCCCCCUCUCUCCUUGCGCGUCGACAUGACUCGAGGCACCGGAGACCACCCGGACAACGACGGCGACGAGUCGGUGGCCCUGACCGCCCUCUCCCCCAGGGGGCAGCCCGGCAGGGGGGGGCAGGGCGGGGGGGAGCCCGAGUGCUGCGGGCGGGCGGUCAUCAACAUCUCGGGGCUGAGGUUCGAGACCGGGCUGCGGACCCUCGGCCACUUCCCGGACUCGCUGCUGGGGGACCCGGGCAAGAGGAUGCGCUACUUCGACCCGUUGCGCAACGAGUACUUCUUCGACCGCAACCGCCCGAGUUUCGACGCCAUCCUCUACUUCUACCAGUCCCGGGGGCGGCUCCGGAGACCCGCCAACGUGCCCUUUGACGUCUUCAUGGAGGAGAUCCGCUUCUACCAGUUGGGCGACCAAGCCAUCGCCAAUUUCCGAGAGGAGGAAGGCUUCUUCCAGGAGGAGGAACGCGCCCUGCCGGAGGGCGAGUACCAGCGCCAGGUCUGGCUCCUCUUCGAGUACCCUGAGAGCUCGGGUCCGGCCAAGGGCAUCGCCAUCGUGUCCGUGCUGGUCAUCUUGAUAUCCAUCGUUAUCUUCUGCCUGGAGACCCUCCCCGAGUUCAGGGAGGACCAGACCCGGCUGCACAUGUCCGAAACAGCGGCGAACGGUACCCAACUCGUGGCCAGAGACAACCCCUUCACCGACCCCUUCUUCAUCACUGAGACCCUCUGCAUCAUGUGGUUCUCCUUCGAGCUCCUGGUCCGGUUCUUCUCGAGCCCCAGCAAGCCCGGCUUCUUCAAGAACAUCAUGAACAUCAUCGACAUCGUGGCCAUCAUCCCCUACUUCAUCACCCUCUUCACCGAGCUGGUGCACCAUCAAAGCAACGGCCAACAGGCCAUGUCCCUGGCCAUCCUCAGGGUCAUCCGGCUGGUCAGGGUCUUCAGGAUCUUCAAGCUGUCCAGGCACUCCAAGGGGCUGCAGAUCCUGGGCAAGACUCUCCAGGCCAGCCUGAGGGAGCUGGGCUUGCUCAUGUUCUUCCUCUUCAUCGGGGUCAUCCUCUUCUCCAGCGCCGUGUACUUCGCCGAGUCUGACGACCCCGAUUCCUCGUUCAACAGCAUCCCCGAGGCUUUCUGGUGGGCUGUGGUGACCAUGACCACCGUGGGCUACGGGGACAUGUACCCGGUCACCAUCGGGGGGAAGAUCGUGGGCUCGCUGUGCGCCAUUGCCGGGGUGUUGACCAUCGCCCUCCCGGUGCCCGUCAUCGUGUCCAACUUCAACUACUUCUACCACCGGGGGAGCGAGAACGACGAGCAGCCCCCUUACCCGCAGGGGAGCAGUGCGGGAGAGGGGUCAGGUUCCUUGGGGGGCGAUCUGAGCAGCAACCCAUCGCUCCACAAAUGCGAGUAUCCAGAAGCCGAGUCCGACCUGGAUAUGGCGAGAGGAGAGAAACGCCAAUAUCACGACUUCUCCCCCAUCAAACAGAGCUUCGCAGACACCCAGAACAUGCUCACUCCUGUAUAAUCCCAACACCACCCCCC